GAUUUGGAAAGGCAGGAUUCAGAAUCAGUAUCUACGAACACUCGGUUGUCACUGAUGAUGGUGAUACAGUCCUGCAGUCUUUGAGUUUGAGGGUCUAUCCUGCUGUGUGAACACUCUUUGUCAAGCUGAUCGAUCGCAUCAUUGCUAUUUCGUCAGAAACUACUGUACCAGUAUUCUCUACUGAGUUUUGAGAAUACGCAGACCGUACUCUAGAGUAGUAGUUAUUACAAACGGCGAAUACUAUCAUUUUCAGUCAUGGACAAGGACCACCAGAGAUCCGACGAGGAAGUUGAAGAUCAAAAAGAAGUCAAGGGAAGUGAAGCUGAAGAAGAUCAAGAGGUUGAUGGAGUAGUGGAGCCACAAGAAGAGGAAGAAGAAGAAGAAGAAGAAGAGGAGGAGGAAAUGAUUUCUGAUAUAAUGGAUGAAAAGGCGACUGGGCAAGCCAGUGCUGGUUUGCUAGAUCGGCCAUUGAUAGUGGAAGGCAAACGGAAAAAGCACUCAGUCGACCGUCUCAAUGCUGAACUUCGAAGUCCAACAAAGUCGAUAGAAAUUGAAUUGGGUAAAGGUAUCGCCCUCGGAGAAAUUGAAGGAAUUAAUGAUGCCAUUUCUCGAGUUACAAGUGACGAUCUCAAGAUUUUUCACCGCUUGUUGUUUGGCUCGCCUGGCAAGAAAUUAGAAGUAAAGAAGCACAUCCGCUUGUUCAGUGGCUUUGUAUUUGAGCAGAGUGAUGACCGCUUUGAAUCCAAGAAAGCCUUCCUAACCAAGUAUCCACUUCCCAUUGUAAAAGAGAUCUGUGAUUACAUGUGCCUUUCACACACUGGAUCUAAGGUGCAAUUGAUAGAUCGUGUCUUGGAGUUCCUCCUGAAACCAACCGAUCACUCCAAACAUGCUCCAACAAAGAAAGUCAGCCGUUCCACUUCUCCCAAGAAACCUGCAACCAGCAACCCGAGCAAGACAGCCCGUGUGACUUCUCCCAAGCCAGCUCCCCGCUCAAGUUCUCCCAAGAAAACUCCGAAGAAGACACCUGUUAAAUCGGCUUCAAGCAGAAGAAAAAGCACAACACCGCGAAAAAUCCCCACUGCUGCGACUGUCAUGGACUCGGAUUCUUCUGAUGAAGAACCACUUAGCAAGAAGGUCAAGACUCCUUUCCCAACGGAUGAGGAGUUGACAUCAUGUGUUGAAGAUUUCCUCAAGACAUCAGAUUUAGAUUCUGUGACUGUCAAAGCCAUCUUGCAAAAGGUAUUUCUCAAGUACAAGAGCCAUGACCUCAGCGAAAAGAAGGAUUUCCUCAAGUCAACGACUAAAUCACUGUUUACUGAGAUGACAUCAUAACGCAAAGUAUCAACAGAUGUAUUCACUGCUACAGGCUCAUUUCAUUGUACCCCGUGGAGGUACUGGACAUCUAUGUGGAGUUUCAUGUUCAAUCUCUUUGUCAUAGGAUGAUAGGGCAUUAUUAUCUUAGAGCAUAUUUGGUUUUGGUUUUCAUGAAUUCUAGGACUGGCUUUGAACAGACAAGAGUUGCCAAUCUGUGGUGUGUGUGUAUGUGUGUGUGUGUGUGCGGUGCGUGUGCGUGCGUGCAUGUGCUUGCAGAAGUGCUAUGUGGAUGUCUAGCUUUUUUCUGUCACUUCUAAUACCUAUUCUUAGUGGAAGAGCAUCUUUAAAAAUUGUUUCUAAUUGAAGGCAGAGCUUGUUUUUCUAAUUGAAGGCAGAGCAGCUUGUUUUUCUAAUUGAAGGCAGAGCAGCUUGUUUUUCUAAUUGAAGGCAGAGCAGCUUGUUUUUAGACCCUUUACUAGUAUGUACUAGAAGAAGUGGUUGUUGAAAUCGAAUCUAAUAAUUACAGUAUGAUUUUAAGCACGAUGAUAGCGUUAUGCCCUGUCACUGUGUGCAAGCACAUUGCCCUCUAAUGUGGACGUGCAGGUGUGCAGCGACACCAUUGCGUAUGCUAGGUGUUACUUCUUUUGGUUUGUUUGUUUACGUAAUGCACUUCCACUUUUUCCAUACGUUCAGUGGUAUGACUGUGCAGUUGUCACAAGUAAAAUUCUGACCGAUGUGCACUUUCAGAGUCGGAGACCCAGUUUGAUGACCCCA